GUCCUUUUUUGGAAAGAAACCAGCACCGUCGAAUGGUACCAGCGCGGCAGCAAAACAAACCACGGAAAAUAAUAAUAAAUCUCCCGAAAGGUACGUCCGGUAGACUUUGAUGAUGUCGGUCCGGGGCGCGAUGAUGUUGCGCAAUCUAGUAAAGCUGGGACCAUCGUUGCUGGGGUUGCCCCACCGCAGCAUCGUACGCCAAAGCAGUACAGCAUUGGCCAACCAUAUGCAAACCUUCCCUACGUACACCAAUCAUCGCACCGCAUUGACACUAAACUGUGUUUCUUCCUAUCAUUCUAUCCGGCGCACGAUUUCGGUACGCAGCAGCGAUUCGUUACUGGCUAGCAAACGUUCCAUCGGGCCGGAAGAUGACGAAGCUUCCAACUCGCCGGUGAAAGCCGUAAAGAAAGCGAAACGGUCGCGGGUCGUGUCGAGCAGCAGCAGCAGCAGCAGUGAGGAUGAAAAGGAUCGCAAAGAAAUUAAGAAAAGUGAUGUUAAGAAAGAAUCACCACCAUCCCCGAAAGCCGUCAAAGCAGAACCGAAGGAAAACGUGAAAAAGUCAACAAAACCGAAAACAAGCCCGAAAAAAGAACCCGCCAGCGGGAAGGAGAAAAAAGAGGCAAAGAAAACAUCACCCAAAACGACGAAAAAAUCCUCCCCAAAAGCAGCCACCACCGUAAAGAAGGAGGAAAAUCCAUCACCGGUGAAGGAGAAGAAGCCGUCGGAAGAGAAGAAACCGGACGCUCCUGCCAAGCCGACCAACGGUGCGGCACGUUCCUUUUUCUUCUCCGUCAAAAAGCAGCCGGAUGAGUCGGAAGGUGCGGCCGGUGGGGCGGCAUCGUCCGGCAACGAUGGGUCCAAGUACGAUCCGUCGAAGAAAAACUAUCAUCCACUAAAGGACGCAUUUUGGAAGCAGGGUGACCGCGUGCCGUACCUGGCGCUCGCGCGCACCUUUCAAAUGAUCGAGGAAACGAGCGGCCGGCUGCGGAUGAUCGAGAUCCUCUCGAACUACUUCCGCUCGGUGAUACUGCUCAGCCCGCGCGAUCUGCUCGCCAGCGUGUACCUCUGCCUGAACCAGCUGGCACCGGCCUACGAGGGCGUGGAGCUUGGCAUUGCCGAGUUUUCGCUCAUGAAAGCGAUCGCGCAAAGCACCGGCCGCAGUCUGGCGCAGAUCAAGGCGGACGCACAAACGACCGGCGAUCUCGGCCUGGUGGCGGAACAGUCCAAAAGCAGCCAGCAUCUAAUGUUCCGCCCGGCGCCGCUCUCGGUCGAGGUGGUGUUUGGCAAGCUGCGCGAAAUCGCCUCCAUGACCGGGUCCGCCUCGAUGGCGAAAAAGAUGGACAAAAUCCAGUCGAUGUUCGUGGCCUGCCGCCACUCGGAGUCACGCUACAUUAUCCGUUCGCUCGCCGGCAAGCUGCGGAUCGGCGUCGCGGAACAAUCGCUCCUGCAGGCGCUCGCCCAGGCCUGCGCCCUUACGCCGCCCCAUGCCGAUCCGCCGGUAGUGAACGCACUGGCGGGCGAAUCGGAAGCGCGCGUAAAGGCACGCGUCGACGAGGUGGCGCUGGCGCUGAAAACCGUCUACUGCCAGUGCCCGAACUACAAUCGCAUCGUGCCGGUGCUGCUAGAGCACGGCGUGCAGCGGCUGAGCGAGCACUGCCCGAUGGAGCCGGGCACGCCGCUCAAGCCGAUGCUGGCCCACCCGACCAAGGGCGUGCAGGAGGUGCUGCAGCGGUUCGAUGGGAUCGAUUUCACGUGCGAGUGGAAGUACGACGGCGAGCGCGCCCAGAUCCAUCUGCUGGCCGACGGCAGUGUGCAGAUCUUUAGCCGCAACCAGGAGAACAACACGAGCAAGUAUCCGGACGUGAUCGCGCGGCUAGAGUUUACGCGCACCGAGCCGGUCGCGAGCGCCAUCCUCGACUGCGAGGCGGUCGCGUGGGACACGGACAAGCGGCAGAUUCUACCGUUCCAGGUGCUGAGCACCCGGAAGCGGAAGGACGCGAACGAGGCCGACAUCAAGGUGCAGGUGUGCGUGUUCAUGUUCGAUCUGCUGUACCUGAACGGGGAGCCGCUGGUCGAGCGACCGUUCGUCGAGCGGCGCGAGCUGCUGUACCGGCACUUCCGCGAGAUCGAGGGCCAGUGGCAGUACGCGACCCGGCUCGAUACGGGCGAUCUGGACGAGCUGCAGCGCUUCCUGGACGAGGCGGUGCGCGGCAACUGCGAGGGCCUGAUGGUGAAAACGCUGGCCCGCGAGGCGACGUACGAGAUAGCGAAGCGGUCGCGCAACUGGCUCAAGCUGAAGAAGGACUACCUGACCGGGGUGGGCGAUUCGCUCGACCUGGUCGUGAUCGGGGGCUACCGGGGCCGGGGUAAGCGUACCGGCACGUACGGGGGCUUCCUGCUCGCCUGCUACGACGAGGAGAACGAGGAGUACCAGACAAUCUGCAAGAUCGGGACCGGCUUCUCCGACGACGAUCUGCAGCGCCACACGGAGUUUUUCCGGUCGCACGUGAUAGCGGGCGCGAAACCGUACUACCGGCAUGAGGCGAACGUCGUGCCGGACGAUUGGUUCGAGCCGGUGCAAGUGUGGGAGGUGCUGUGUGCCGAUCUGUCGCUCAGCCCGGUGCACCGGGCCGGCAUAGGCAUCAUCGAUCCGGAGAAGGGCAUUUCGCUGCGCUUUCCGCGCUUCAUACGAGUGCGCGAGGACAAGGGCGUGACGGACGCGACCAGCGCCCGGCAGGUGUCGGAGAUGUAUCUGAACCAGGAUCAAAUUAAGAACCAGACCGGAAGCAAUGCACGCGAUGUGGAGGAAGAUUUUUACUGAAGCGGUUGGGUAAGCGGUUUUGGUGCAAAGUUUUUGUGCUUUGUGUAGUAAAAAUUAUAGUUCGAUACGAUGGAGUAAAUUGGUAGGAUCGCACGUUGGUACGAAAAUGCAGUGUAAUGUGUAACAUCUCUCGGCUGAGAUCAACACAAUCAAUUGAAAGUGGCGCGCAAGGGCAGACAUUUAAAGCUUCAUUAUAAAAUAGGUCUUUUUUUGCUUAUUACAUUUGUAACAGUGUGUAGUGAGGUGGAGUGAAGGUGUAGUAGGUGUGUAACAAAUUAAAUUAUGUUCUUAAAAUAAAAUGCUUUGCAAACAUAUGUUUGCUACAAAGA